AAUGCUAGGACUCUGCAUUGGACCCAGUGUUGAAAUCAGUCCCUUAGUGCAAAGUUUGGGUACUUGUUAUUCCAGAUAACCCACUUUUUCUGAGGAUCCACGGGUAUAACAUUGGAGAAAACAUGUUACCAAAUUUUCAUAUCAAACAGACUGCAACUCCUGAAGGAUUUACAACAUGCCACAGAGGUCUCGACAUCAAGAUAGUAACGAACCAGAUGAAUCAAAUGAUGACAUUGCUUCAGUCUUCAUCACAGUUAAGGAUGAGCCUUUCGAUGACUGGAGAGAUAUUAAUGAUUAUAAUCGGGAUAUCAACCCAAUGCAAGUCAAGAAAGAAUCGAGUGAUCUGCAAGGUGAUGGAUUAUAUAACCUAGCUGUACAGCAACAUCUUGAUGCACCAGCCACAUUCCUGUCCACUGCAAAUGAGCAGCAUGCUGUCAUGGAUUCCAAUCAUCGCAAAGCUGGGAAUAUGGAUACUCCACAACCUCCAGACUCUUGCAUCGGCUCCGCUCCAUCACCCAUUGUUCCUAGUAGUUCUCCUGGCCAUGCCAAGCGUCCCAGUUUACCCAUAGACUCAUGUCUUUUAAAAGAAAAACAAAGGAGAUUGGAUACAUCUACUGAAAUAACUCAUCAGUUAGAAGAUUUGACUAAUGAUGACUUUGAUUUUUUAGAGGAUGAACAUAACACCAGUGAUUGUAUGCCAAGUGAUACAGAUGAUGCUGUUGAGGUGGAGGAUAUGCACAGUGAUGAGGAAAUUGAUCCUGCCUCACUCCCAUGGGAAGGAGUAAUGGAAACAUUUUCGUGGACAGCUGGGGAUAAUUUUCAGCCUGAUUUUCCAGAGUAUGGUGGAGAAGAAGUUGGGGUUACAUCUGCUUUUCCAGUUGUUAAUGAUAAUGCCAGGGAAAUUGACUAUUUCCAGGCGUAUUUUGAUGGUGCCUUUAUGGAUUUUCUGUGUGAACAAACAAACAUGUCCCAGAAAUACAAGCAUGACCACGAACCCUACACCUAGCUCAGGGAAAAUGCGACGUUGGCAUGAUACAAGUGUAGGAGAAUUAUAUGUGUUUUUUGCACUGUUGAUGCUGAUGGGUCAUAUACGUAAGCAUGUGUUGAAAGAAUAUUGGAUACUAAAUGACAUUACGGCUACUCCAGUAUUUGCAAAAUAUAUGCCUAGAGACAGGUUUUUGUCAUUACUAAGAUUCCUCCACUUUGCUGAUAACAGUCAUCCUAAUGCUAAUGAUAAAUUUUGGGAAAUACGUGAAUGCUUCACAAUGUUGAAAGAAAGAUUUGCAAAAUUUUUCCAUCCCUUUCAACGUCUUGUAUUGGAUGGUUCGUUUACACUUUUUCGUGGUCGUUUAGCCUUCAGACAGUAUAUUCCUAGUAGGAGGCAUAGAUCUGAUACUAAAAUUUUCGUUCUUUAUGAUUGUGAAACAGGAUAUGUACUUGACAUGAUAUUAUGCACUGCAGGUGAUUCUGACCUCAAGAAUGACUCGCAUGGAUUCUCUGCUGAGAUGGUGAAGAAAAUGAUGGAUCGUUACCUAGGUGGGAAGCAUAUCCUUUACUCCGAUGAUUUUAAGACCUCCCCAAGCCUUACAGAAUUCCUUGGAAAAAACAGGUCAUGUGUCACAGUACCUGCAGAUAAGGAACAACAGCAAGAGUUUGCAAAAGUUAUUCAUAGUGAAGGUCAACUGCAGAAGGCUGACAAGUUGCUUGCUAUAUGCAGGCAGGACAAACAUGCAGUAAAUGUACAAACCAUUAAUCAAAAGGGAGACAUGGUAGAUAGUUGUAAGAAGGACAAAACAACAGGGAAGCCUAUCAUGAAACCUGAAACUGCAUUGGAUUAUGGUGUACGGAUUUGCCAGGUUGACAAAAGUGAUUUGAUGGUUGGCAGCAUUGAAUGUGUUCGCCGUACUGUGAAAUGGUACAAAAGAAUGUUUUUACAUUUAAUGGACAUCACAGUCCUCAAUUCAUAUAACUUGUAUGUGGUAAAAACUAGCAAGAAGGUAUCACUUAGAAUCUUCAGCAAAAGACUCAUUGAACAGAUUUUGGAAACAUAUGGCGUGGUGCAGAGAAGGGCAAGAGGUUGCUCGCAAGCUGGCCUCCCAGACAGACUCCUUGGUCGAGAUUAUAUAGCCCGUCAUUUCCUUGAAGCUCUGCCACCCACUGCUGGGAAACCCAAGGCACAAAGACAGUGUCAUAUUUGCAAAAAUACAACAAAGCGAGCUGGCCGGCGCAAAGAUGUCACAACAUGGUGUAAAGAAUGUGGUGUAGCCUUGUGCAUAAGUUGUUUCAAGGAAUACCAUACACUAAAAAUAUACUAAAGUGUAAGGUAACUGUCUCUGCUGAAUAAGUUGUGUAAUACAAAAUACCAACACAAUAACAAGCUUAAAAGCUCAUUCCAAGUGUCCCUAACCACCAUCACCACCUACACACACUACUGAGUCGCCAACCACCACCUUGCCACUGAUGAUGCACUGAGUACCGGCUGAGCCUGCCACACUCAUUUUGUCCCAUGUGCUGCAGGAUGAGAGCCGAAGAUCAAGUCAGACUGGGAUAUGUGAAGUAAGCUAAAAUAAGUUUGUUCACAGCUAUUGUCACAAAUGUCUUCUUGUGGAUAAAGUUAUGUAUUUUCUACAAGUAUUGAUGUAAAUAAAUUAUAUUUUUUA